ACACAGGGGUACAAUAGUUUUGAUCAUUUGAUCACUUUGGUCUCGUCAAAAGUUGUAAAUUGAAAUACCCAAAGUGAUGUUCUAACAUUUAUGCAACAUAGCCUACUCACAACAAACGUUAGAAAAAUAUAUAUAGAACUGAAGCAAUUGUUCUUUCAUUGCCUGCAUUGCUGCGAUAAUUGCAAGAUCCAGUCACCAAGAAUGGCGCCAAAAUCAUGGCAAUGUGCACAGAAAAAAACCACCAAUUUUGACAUCUCCUGUAAAUUCAUUGCUGGAUUUGUUUCAAGUUAAAGUUGCAAUGAGGCAUUCAACUUGUGUGUCAUAAUGUAGCAAGCAGAAUGGAUGUUCAAAUAAACAAAGCAGCAUCAUUCACAAUAAUUAUUUUCCUAUGUCUGGUGUCCUACUGGAACAGUCUUAGCUGUGACCUUGUUCAUGAUGAUGUUUAUGCAAUCAAAGAAAAUGCAGAUUUGCGCCCAGAAACAUCAUGGAAGAACCUGCUCACAAAUGACUUCUGGGGAAAAUCUAUGACUGACAACACAAGUCAUAAAUCUUACAGGCCAAUCACUGUGUUGACAUUCAGAGUGAAUUAUUUUCUUCAUGGUUUAGACCCAUUUGGCUAUCAUUUUGUAAAUGUUGUUUUGCACACCUUUGUGUCAACACUUUUCUACACCUUUUGUAACAACAACAUUUUUCUGGACCAAAACAUGUCACUGGCAACAGCUGCAGUUUUUGCUUGUCAUCCUGUACACACAGAGGCUGUAACUGGUGUUGUUGGAAGAGCUGAUCUAUUGUCAUGUUUACUGUUUCUUUCUUCCCUCUUUUACUAUUUGAGGGUCAUGAAAUCUUCCAUUCGCGCUAUAUCUUAUCAGGUCAACAAUAAUAACAAGCAGCUGUAUGAAAAGGAUCAGAGCUGGUCGCAUUUCCUUGUAAGCAUUAUCCUUGCAAGUUUGGCAAUGCUUUGCAAAGAAAACGGUAUAACAGCAAUAGGUGUUUUUAUUGUACUAGACAUUUCUUUUCAUUUGGAUGUGAUACAGAGAUUUAUAUUCAAUAGCCUUUCAGGCGAAAAAUUAGAAAGCCUGAAACGAUUAUUUGUAAGGAUAGUUCUUCUAGCGUUAACGGCCCUUUCUCUGUUAGCAUUCAGAUUACGCAUAAUGAAUGCGCAACUUCCCGCUUUCAACGAAGAAGAUAACCCAGCGUCGUUUGCCCCAAGACUGGGAACGAGGUUUAUGACCUAUUGCUAUCUGUGUGUCUUUAACAUAUGGUUGUUGCUGUGUCCCCAUCGAUUAUCAUAUGAUUGGCAGAUUGGAAGUAUUCCAUUGGUUGAAUCUGUUGGUGACAUCAGAAACAUCUAUUCUGUUCUGUUGUUUUUUGGCCUUGCUGCUCUGGUGUUGGUCGCACUUUGCUCCAACUACGAUGCCGCCAGCAGAAGAACUACACUUAUUGGUGUCGCUCUGUUAGUUAUUCCGUUUCUUCCUGCAUCGAACUUAUUUAUCAGAGUUGGGUUCGUCGUCGCAGAGAGAAUUCUUUAUAUUCCAAGUCUUGGCUACUGUGUCUUGGUUGGCCAUGGUUUGAGCAUUUUAUUAAAUUGGAAAGCAGCAUCAGGUGAUGGAAAUCAGAGAGGUUUGAACGCAAGUGCGGAACACCAUAACGAUGAAAAAUCUCACUCGAUAUACAAAAGACUUUUAGCUGCAGCUCUCGUCUCUUUGAUUGUUUUGUUCAUGUUAAGAACAAUUAAUAGAAACAAAGUCUGGAAAAACAGGGAAACAUUGUUUAGGUCAGGCGUGGCAGUCAUCCCACACAACGCCAAGGUUCAUUACAACUAUGCAAAUUUCCUUAAAGACAGCAAUCGAACAGAUGAAGCUAUUUAUCAUUACAGAGUGGCAGUGAGGUUGUACCCAAAGCAUGCAAGCUCCCACAAUAACUUGGCAACUUUGCUGGGAAAUUCAAAAGAAGCUGAGUACCACUUCAAACAGACUCUGCUCCACAACCCUUAUCAUUACAAGGCUAUGUAUAACCUGGCUUGUCUUUUCAGGAGCAAAAAGCAAUACUUAGAAGCAAAGGAUUUGCUAGAAAAUUCAGUAAGGGUCAAUCCAGAUUAUCUCGAUGCCAUCCAAGUCCUUGCUGAAACUUGCCAUGAUCUUGGUGAAACUAAGAAAGGCCUUCAAAUAUUUCAUAAAGCAUCUCUCACAACUGCUGAUCCCAACUUCUUCAAUAACUACGGUGUAUUUCUUGCUAAUACCGGUGAUGUCGAAGGGUCGUUGCAUGCGUACGAAAAAGCAAUCGAACUCCAACCGUUGCAAAAAUUGUUUCUCGUCAAUUAUGGUCGACAGUUGAAAGCAGUGAAUAGAUACGAAGAUGCAGAAAAUGUUUACAGAAGGGCUUUGAGACUUGGCAGAGAUGCAAAUACCUUACAUUUGCUUGGCAUUUUGUUAUAUCAAAUGAGACGGUUGAAAGAAAGUGAGCUGGCUUUUUUCGAGGCACUCAAGUAUGAGCCACGCAAUGAAGAUUAUAUCAAGAAUCAUGCGACAGCUGUUUUUGAACAGGGUCAGCAGGACGAGGCAAUAACAUUAUUGAGAGACUCUUUAAAACUCUUACCCAACUCCUCAGCUAUUGUCAAAGUUCUGGCAAGCUUUCUCAUGAGUCGUAAGCGACCAAAAGAGGCUUUAGAAGCAGUUACACACAGCUUGGCAUAUAAUAUGAAUGACCCUGAGCUCCAUUACAUGAGGGCCAAUGCAUUUCGUGAGCUGAAUAGUUUCAAUCUGGCUUUAGAGAGUUUCAAAGAUGUUUUGAAGUUGGAUCCCAAUAAUUUCAGUGCGCUUCAAAAUGUUGGAGUCAUCUAUCAUCUACAGGGUUUGAAGGUAGAAGCACGACAUUACUACAGUAAGGCGUUAGCCCUUGAUCCUGACAAUAAAGUUCUCCGAGAUAAUAUGAAAAAGCUGCUGAGGACAAUGUAGUAUUCCAAAAAUAGCUGUAUUUGAUGCACUGAUUGGGCAUCCAGGGGCUGAUUUUCUUGAAAUGGUGAGGGAUUACACCAGAAAUAGCUUAUUCAAGAUUUUUGGGGGACGUUGUUCAGACAGACGGUAACUGCCGUUAGUGUACAGUAAACACCCGCCUAUAAGAACCUGGUGUGGAACAAAGCCCUCGUGUAUUAGAACCAAUUCAGCCUAUAGUUUGGAAUAGGUUCUCACUUGCAAACUUUAUAAAUUUCAGGCUAUUUAUUUAAAAAAUAAGCAAGUUUGAGAAUGUAAGCUUUUUGCAGUGUAUAGUAGAGAUUUUUAUAUUUAGUAUUGUUUAUUCAUACUAAAAAUAUUUUAAGCUGUUGACCCAAGAGUCUAAAACAUGUCGAUAAUUUACAAUGAAACUCUGAAUGAAAACCUUGGAAUAAAAAAGCCAUUUUAUGAAGCUAGAACCUGGGUUUCUGUUCAGCCUUCAUCAUAAAAACCUAUUCAGAUUUGGUAGGCUCUUGUCUGUGAGUGUUUACUGUAUUUUAUUAUUGGUGUUGACAAGUUGUACAUAAUUCCUUUAAUACUCGUACUUCUUCAGUGAUUAAAAGAGGGCUUUUAGUUGACAGCAUUAGCGUCAUAAACAUUUCUACGGAGCUAAUACUUAACUAUAUUUAUUACAUUGAUCCAUUAUCAUGUUCAAAUGAUAUUUCGGGUUGCUGAGCCUUAAGGACUACCAAAGCCAGUUUUUAGUGUAACAAUUUGCAGGAUUUUUCAAAAACUUCUGAAAUAUGGUUUCAUUCAUAAAUUAUCAUUGCUAGUUUUCAUCAUAAAACAAAAAAUCACAAUACAACUGAAUUGUAGCAUCUCAAGUUGGUUUCAUCUUCAAUUAUGCUUUUAAUUAUACACCAUACUGAAUGUUUUGAAGAAUGAGAUUAAAGAUCUCUUUUUGUUUCAUUCAAGAAUUCUGUAAAAAUUUCGAAGAUGAUUGAUAAACUUGCAACUGUAUGUGAUAAAUUUCUUAUACCACAACAAAAUAUUCUCAAUCACAUAUUCCUCACUUUAACUGGUCAUAUUUUUUGUAUUUAUGUAAAUUAAAAACUUUCUAAUAUGCUAGAUUUUUACAAAGAUGCUAUUGAUGGGUUUUGAUGAAUGCACACUUUUGAUGAAAUUAGAGCAUAGAUUAAAAAUUUGUUUUAUUGACUGAGAUCCAGUUAAAAACUGCUUGAAAUUUUCAUCACAUUAAAAUAUUUUAAUGUAUGAUACUUGUAUUUUGAAAAUAUGAUUUUAUAGCUGGAAAUAUUACAUUUUUAUCAA